AAAGAUAUUACGAGCGCUUUCUUUCGUUGAGCAUGAGCGUUCUAUUUGAGUUUCAUCGUCUGAACUGAGGGCAUCUGAGAAACUCUACACUACUCAUCCACCCCCACAAGAAUUCUUCCCCUGAAUUUUUUUCCAAAUCUGAACAAUCUUUGUCUAGUUGUUUUGUUCGUUGUCACAAUUUUGUUUUCACAUGUAAUUCCGUUGCAUCCUGCUCUUGAUUCACGUGGGAUUGUAUCGUUGUUUAACUGUAAUUCAUCGACGAGGAAGGUUGUUUUGAUUGAUUCUUCGAUUGCACAACUCGUUGUAAUUCAAUUGAUAGGGUCCUCUAGCAGGAUGUGGCGUCUUUCGGCGCAACGGGGGCUUCGCGUCUGUACCGGGCAGCUGCUGCAGGCCUCAAGGCCCUCGCUCUUCUUGCAGAAGUCAGCGCCGCAUUUUGCUUUGUUGAAGCCAUCCGCCCCGAAAAGGCUGAUCUCGCUUGUCUUAAGGAAUGAUGAAAUACAAGGAACAUAAACGACUUCUAUCCAUCGAGUUUAAGUAACAUUGAUGUGGGCAUUCAUUCGAUAUUCGGGGCUGCACAUCAUGCAGUCAAUUGAAUUGGUGAGUCGAAUUCGCGCUUAAAUUUCUUCAUCUUACUCUAAUUUGCCCUAAGACGGUCCAAGACUAUUUCGGAUAUUUCAAUCGAUACAUCGGGCCACGGGGAUGGGUCGGUAUUUGUAAGUAUGAUUUUUGAAUCUUCUGCAUCCUUACUUUUGUUGUAGGUGAACAAAAGAUGCAAUCAUGCACCUCAAUUCUUGAUCCUAUCUUAUUCACCAAAUGUAAAGCCAGCGUCAAAUGACGCUGGCUUUACAUACUCCUUCUAUUCCACCGUGCGGAUUUUGUGAUGAACGUCAGGUUUAUACCCGUUGGGAUUUGUGAUCGCGCUGAUGACGAGUGGCCAUUAUUUCGUCGUUAUUCGGGAGCGAGACAGGCAGUUCAUGGGGACGAAUAUUUACGACACUAGUGCUUGUGGUAGUGCCGUUUGAUAGCAUUGCAAUCAACGAAGCGACUCUCCUAUUCGAUCAUCAAAGAGUUGUACAUCAUCUGUACAACUUUUUUGAAGUCUACUAGUACAGACGAGAAGCAUUUAUUUUCAGACUGGGGCCGUACUAGUUGGGUAGUACCCCUCUAGUACUCCUGCUACAUAAUUCACUUUCAACCAGUACCACUACAACUACCAGCCGAAUGCGGCAUCUUCUCUAAAUCCCGGUGAAUGUGUGGGCUGAUUCUGACAACACGGGUUUGGAAUGGCGACAUCCCUAUGUCAGAGGUUCCUGCUACGAAACGAUGCCACAAUGGAAGGGUAAGGACCGAUGGCGUGGAAGUCAGCAAGUUGAGGGACACCAUGACCAUGACGAGCAUCAUCACUAGAUGAAGCCGUGGAGGAUUGAGGAUUUGAGAAUCCCACUCAUCGUGCACUUGUUUGUGAUCAAAAAAUGUGAAAAAAAGUACUCACGACUACAACCUCUUCUUGGGCAAAGAAAUUCAGUUGAAAAUACAUUGAACUGAGCUGUGAUGGUCGUGACGCUGAAGAGACGGUGAUGAAAAAUGAAAUCAAGGAACCGUUGUAUGAUGACAAAACUAACAACAUUCUUGAUGAAAAGCGGCCACAAGUACAAGAUAUGUCACAAAAAUUACAAGAACACCGAUCCCAUGCUCCUCUUGUUGUCGCAACUGAAUCAAAACUUGAUGAUCGUUUGGCUUCCCGGAUUAAGGCGAUAGGAGAGGAAGUUAUCCAUCGUCGUGUCAUUUUCGUUCACAAUCAC